CCAGUAACACUUUGACCCAUAACAACCCACGCCCCUGCCCCACCCACGCCCAGCCGGCGGCCGCCCCGUCCCCGCCUCUGCUUGCCUCGCCGCCCUUGCCCGUCGCCGGCCGCCCAUCCUCCCAGGAGGCUCCUCAGCACCUGCCUCUCCGUCGCGCCCGCGGCCUGCCCGGCGCUCGGAGCCAGCCGCGCCACCGCCCGUGGCCGCAACCCUGUUGCCCUGCCCCGGCCGCAGCCGCCCACCGCCCGGUCUUCACUCCGGCACUCGUCUCAGUCUGAUUUGAGGCGGACCAUCCUGUUGUCAAUUGCUAGCUCUGCCCCUGCCAAGCGGUGGUCUCCCUGGCAGUCACUAGAAUUCGCCGGAGGCCAGCAAGUCCCGAGACAUCGCAAAAACUCUCCGGUGAUGGCGAACAUGGUGGAGGACAGUCAAGAUGAUCGGCUCAGCAAGUUGCCUGAUGACGUUUUGCUCAACAUUGUCGAGCGACUUGGUAUCGUUGACGUCGCACGAACCACCGUCCUCUCCAGACGUUGGAAGCACAUCCCUGCUAUACUCUCGAAAGUUGUUAUAUUGGCUGGUUCUUUUGAGCCGAAGCACGAAGACUGGAGCAAGUUAACCCCAGAUGAUAUAGUUCAGGCCAACACCACCGUGCUGGAAGCAACCAGGAGCAUACUGGAAAGGAGAGCUGGAAGUCUGUACCCCAUUCACCUGUUGCGCAUGCAAUUCUACUUGGGAGAUGAGUCCAUUUUAAUUGGCCAGACUGUUGCCAACGCCAUAGCAACACAAAAGGUUGAUUCAGCUGAGUUUACAAUCUUGACGAAGGUGCGUAAGAAGUGUACCAAGAAUGAGCUGCUCAUAUAUGGGAAGCAAUUCAUGUCAUUCUUUGAUUCAUGUCCAAACGCAUUUGGUGGUCUUGCACGCCUCACGCUAGAGAAUUUGAGGUUAGGAGAAUCAGGCUUCCCCAAGAUUUUCAGUAUAUGCAAGCAACUGGAGUUCCUCUCCCUCUACGAAUGUGACAUGGGUAUUCAGUCUUUGCUGGAAGUGGAACACCCGCAACUCAGUGAACUAGUGAUUGUCUGUGGCCGUUUUGAGAGGGUUGAUCUGAAGUGGGCACCAAAGCUCACAAAACUGAAAUUUAAUGUGUUUAGAUCUCGGGAUGACCCCUUCUGUCUUGGCUAUGUCCCACUGCUCCAGACUGUGUCCAUCAUUAAUGUUGCUUUCACUUGGCACAAGAUGCUCAAGUUAAGUGAGUUGCUUGGUAACUCUGCCAUAAGCAAUCUGUCUUUGGACUUCAAAAGCGAAAAGAUUUGGGUCAAACCGGAAGGUCGAAGACAAUUGUUACCGGUGUUCCACAAACUCAGGAUUGUGAACUGGAUUAACAUUGCUGAAGAGUGUGAUCUGACUUGGACAAUGUUCUUACUCCAUGGCGCACCCAACCUUAAGGAACUACACAUCUUGGUGCGGAAUCAUCAAUGUGAAAUGAUAACAGGGAAGCGGAGGGAGUUGCCUGUGGUUUGCAAGGAGAAGGACAAGGGACUAGAGUGGGAACCAUCUGCAUCUGAUUUCAAGCACCACAACCUGGCAGAGCUCGGUAUCUAUGGGAGGUUUCAUGCAGCAGACAAACUAGUGCGAUUUGCCAGAGAUGUCGUGGAAGCAGCUGUGAAUCUGGAAAAUAUAAGACUAUACAAGAGUCCAGUGUGUGUUAGGUGCAAGCACAUGCUUAAGGAGUGGACAUUUGAGGAGACGUCUUGGCUUAGCUACGAAUUCAGCAAGGAGAUACCCUCGCAUGUCCGGAUUCACUUUCCGAGUUUGGGGCAAGUCUUCUCAAAAUAAUGCUGUUGCACUUCAAGCUGCAGUUUAGAGAACCUGUUGUAUGAUUCUUGGAUUAAUUGUCACUAGUGAACCUUUUCAAUUAUGUGUAUUUUGAGAUGGUAGUGAGUUGAGGAGGAUAAGGUGUACUCUUAACAUUAUUAUUUUCAAGUAUUUUAACAAAUGGAUAUCGUGGAUAUUUCUUAUUCA